AUGACAGUUCUUCAAGAGAUAGUGCCAGGCAAACUUUAUGAUCCAGCCAGGGAAGAAUACGCUUUCUUGAGGCAGGAGGCCAAAUCAAAGCUAUAUGAUUACAAUAAUCUUCAUCCAAAAGAGGAGAAAUUAAGAGAAAAAGCUAUUAGAGAUCUUUUUGGAAGCUGCGGCUCUAAUUUUUGGAUCGAGCAACCCUUCUAUUGCGACUAUGGUAGCAAUAUACACAUCGGUGACAACGUGUACAGCAACCACAAUCUCGUCAUUCUGGAUGUGGCAGAGGUACGCCUAGGUAACAAUGUCAUCAUGGGCCCUAACGUGGGACUGUAUACGGCAGGCCAUCCGCUGGACUCGGAGAGAAGAUUGAAAGGUGAUGAAUUUGCGUUGCCAAUAUACAUCGAGGAUAACGUUUGGAUUGGAGGUGGCGUUACUGUAGUUCCAGGUGUGACUAUUGGCAAGGAUUCGGUUAUUGCUGCGGGAAGCGUUGUCGUCAAGAACAUCCCUUCUGGUGUCGUUGCUGCAGGGAACCCAUGCAGAGUAUUAAGGGAGAUUGGGGACAAAGAUCGUGCUAUCACUGAUUUUCGUAAGUGA